UAAAGUAUGGCACAAGAUGGCGGGACUUUGGAAGGUUUCUCUGUGAUUAUAUAAAAACAAACGAGAGUUCUAGUUUAUUGCUUCGUUUAUUGAAUAAUACAAGGUAACCAACUGACAAGGUGCACCUGGGUGGUCACCAUGGCAACACAAUAUAAACCCGUAGCAUCCAAUGAGAAAGGCAAGGAAAAUACUUAUACCAUCGGUGGGGUAACGGUAGAAUUCCCGUGCAAGGCGUACUCAACUCAGGUCUCCAUGAUGUCUAUGAUCAUCAGAGGAAUUGAGCGCCAAAAGAAUUGUCUUCUUGAGAGCCCAACUGGAAGCGGCAAAUCUCUCGCCCUUCUCUGCUCCUGCUUGGCGUGGCAAAGGAGGGAACAAAAAAAACAACUUGAAGAAGAUACUAUUGCUUACACUGCUGACGAUGAGAAAGAAGAUGACGCUUUGUGCAAAUGCAAUUGUAAAAACACCACGCCAUCUUCGAAGAAGACAUGCACAGCAACAUCACCCCCUGAUGAGGCUCAGUCAAGUGCCGCAAUCUCCCCUAAUAACAUACCACCACAGGUUGACGCUACUCCAAAACAUCCCGGUGAUAACAAUGGAACAUGCCAAACACCAGGACUGACUCCGAGAGGAUCAAAGAGGGGACUAAUUUCGGACGAGCAGGAUGAGGAUGAUUUUCAACCCAGCAAAAAGAAGUCCAAAAGAAAUUCUACGGUUCAGAAGAAGAUAAAAGGAGUUCCAGAAAUUCCCGAAGUUCCAGAAGUUCCAGAACGUGAAGAGAAAGCGAUAGAGGUGGAUAGCACAGAGAAGGAGCCAUGUCAGUGUUCCUGCCAUUCAUCUAAAAAGGAUGUCUACAAAAGGAGGAGAGUGCCAAAGAUUUACUUUGGAACCCGGACACACAAGCAGAUCGCCCAGCUCAUAAAAGAACUUAGCAAGACAGAGUACAAGGACGUUCGGAUGUCAAUCCUUGGUAGUAGGGAGCAUACUUGUGUUCAUCCGGUAGUCUCGGCUGGCCCUCAUAAGAACGAGGGAUGUAAGGACCUUCUGGACGGACGAACUGGUGGUUCCUGCCAAUUCCACAAUGGAGUUCAUAAGAUUAAGCAUCAGUGGCAAUUGAGAGAACGUGGUCUGAAUGAAGUAUGGGAUAUAGAAGAUCUUGUGACUCUUGGCAAGAAAAUAAAGGCGUGUCCCUAUUACGCAACGAGGUCCCUAAAAGAUGAUGCAGACAUUGUUUUCUGUCCCUACAACUACUUGGUGGACCCCAUAAUCAGAUCCACGAUGGAAAUCAGCCUUAAAGGUCAGAUUGUUGUGCUGGACGAGGCGCAUAAUAUUGAAGACUCAGCAAGAGAAGCUGCCAGUUUAACUGUGACUGCCAAUCAGCUGGAAGACACAGUGGAUGAGCUGGAGCAUCACAUUGAGAAAAAAUGGAGGAAAAAGCCCUGCAGAAUUCUGCACGCUGUGAUUAAUGCGCUGAAGUCAUGGUUUGAAGGUCAGUCAUCAAAGUUUGAGGCUCAGAAGGGUCGGCUGUUUGACAGGGCGCUCAAAGUUUGGUCAGGAACCGAGAUGGUGGCUCUCCUGAGAGAUAUUGGCGUCUCUGAAGAUACCCUUCCCUCAUUGAAGAAAAACCUGACUCUUCUCUUGGACGAUCCUGAGCCUCAAAAGAAGGACAAGGAAGAGGGAACCAGCUUGAGCUCCGGCAGCGGCAUAACGCUUAAGAAUCUCUUCGUCAUCUUUGGUUUCUUAACUAAAGACAGCAACAAGUUUAUGAAAGACUACAAAGUGGUCAUCAUGAGAAGUCAGGUCUUUGGCAAACCGAAACAGAAGAGCACGGAUGAUCGCUGGGUAAAGAAAAAUAAAAGAAGUUAUUCUUCAGUGGGUUCCUGGCCCAUCUCUCUCAAUUUCUGGUGUCUCAACCCCGCAGUUGCCUUCACCGAUUUUGGAGAAGACACUCGAACCAUCGUUUUGACGUCUGGCACCCUGUCUCCGAUGUCAUCGUUCCAAUCAGAGCUCGGAGUUGACUUUACGAUACAACAUGAAUUUAAUCAUGUUGUGAAUAUGUCGCAGGUUUGGAUCGCGUCAAUUGCAGAAGGACCCAACAGCGAGACCUUGAAUGGCGCCUACAAAAGUGCUGAGACGUACAAGUUUCAAGAUGAGAUCGGACGUCUUCUCCAUCAAGUGUGUGUAAAGAUUCCCUUCGGAGUCUUGUGUUUCUUCCCGUCCUACGGCAUGAUGGACAAACUGUCAAAGAGGUGGAAGAACACGGGUCAAUGGGAUAAACUGGCUGAGGUGAAAGUCGUGAUGUCGGAGACGAGGGGAGCGGAUAAAGUCAACUUUGAGCAGAGUCUACGAGAAUAUUACGAGGUGAUCAAGAAUCUUGAGCAAGGAAGCAACCUUCUAGGGGAGGUCACUGGAGCUCUGUUCUUAGCCGUGUUUAGAGGCAAGGUCAGCGAAGGCAUGGACUUUGCCGAUAACAACGCCAGGGCCGUCAUGACAGUAGGAAUACCGUAUCCCAGCAUCAGAGAUAAGCAGGUGGAGCUGAAACAGCAAUAUAACGACACCUACUCAACGUCUAGAGGUUUAUUGACUGGCAGUGAGUGGUAUGAGAUCCAAGCCUACAGGGCCAUCAACCAGGCCUUAGGCCGAUGUAUCAGACACAAGAGAGAUUGGGGUGCGUUGAUACUUGCUGACCAUCGCUUUUAUAAAAAUACCCAGAAGUAUACCCAAGGACUGUCCAAAUGGGUGAGAAACAACUUGAGUCAUCACACAUCAUGUGCGACUGCUUUAUCAUCUCUUGAGGACUUUGCCUUAACAAGAAUUCAGAGAUCAAAAUAUGACACAAGUGCUUCUGACCCUGUUCCGGCGGCACUUGUUCACUGGACCAAGCGAUUGACUUCAACGUCAUCUUCCCUCAUGCAGGGUGAGCCCUCUGAUAAACCGAUCGAUCAGCCGAAAAACAAACAUAGUCGUACACCGCAAGCGCCCAGCACGCCAGGAACAGGUCUUUCUAGCAAUACUGCCAUUUGUCCGACGCCAAUCGUUCAAUGGAUCAAUAAAUUGACUUCAUCGUUAUCUUCCCCCAUGCCCGUUGAGCCGUCUGCCAACCCAGACGAUCAGGCGAAGAACAAACUUACUCAUACACCGCAAACACCCAGCACGCCAGGGAUAGGGCCCAGAAACAAAGGCCUUACUUCGUUGUCUUCCCCCGUGCCAGGUGACCCCUCUGCUAAACCAAUCGAUCAGCCGAAAAGCAAACACAGCCGUACACCGAAAGCACCCAGCACACCAGGAACAGGGCUUUCCAACAGUACUGACCCUAGUCCGAUGCCACUUCUUAAAUGGAUCAAUGGAUUGACUUCACCGUUAUCUCCCCCCAUGCAGGGUGACCCCUCUGCUAAGCCAAUCGAUCAGCCGAAAGACAAACAUAGCCGUAAAACGAAAGCACCCAGCACGCCAGGAAUAGUAUCCAGAAUAGUAUCCAGAAACAAAAUCAUCACUUCGUUGUCUUCCCCCGUGCCAGGUGACCCCUCUGCUAAACCGACCGAUCAGCCAAAUAUCCAAUAUAGUCAAACACCGUGCACCCCCGGCAUGCGCGAAAUACGGCCCAGGGAUAAUUCUGUCCCACUGUUACCAAAAACGAAUCCUUCUCAGCCUAACUCCCGGCGCCUCAUCAAAGAAAUUAUAAUCAACACAAACCCUGGACAAGGCCAACCUGGAAAUAUAGUCGCCGCAGCCUUGGGGCUACAGACGAAUCCGGUCGCAUCCACCCCGAUAAAGUUCUUCAUGAGUGCACCCAACACUUCAAAUGCAGCACAGUCGACUUUGGUCGCGGGUCCUUCUCCAAGGCCAGCAACCAGUUUUUCGCCCGGAUUAGGACAACCCGUUCAGUCACCAAGUGUGGCUCUCAACCCGCAAGUGAUGCCUGGGUGUUUCUACGCAGUUGGUCCCAGGAAUACCCUUAUACCUGUGCUUCCACCCAAGCCAAUGGGCAAUCCUGCCCAAUUGGGCGAUCCUGCCCAAGUGGGAAAUACUGCCCAAUUGGUUACAACGAAUCUGAACACUACAGACGGGAAUCACAUUAACCCAGAAGUGACGCCCACCCAACCAACCCCCAUGCAGUAUGUUGUGGUCGCGCAAAAUACACAGGCUUCGACAAUGGCGCCAUUGUGCCAGCCUGGAGUACAGAGUCAAACAUCAUCAGUACCGAGACAACCGGGUCCGGUACCUAGACAACCAUCUCCAGUGGGUCUACAGAGUCCUGUUAUACAGGUGAGUCCCAACACGGAACCGACGGUCAAGAGUAACUCUUCAGAUGCAGACAGAUCCAGCACAGCGGAUGUACCAAGAAUUCAGGGGACGCUAAAGAAGGGCACCAUUAAUAUAAUUAAGACUCCAGGUGUCGGAUGGUUGUCCUCAGUUUGCAAGAGUGUGGGCAAGAGAGAUGCUGAUGGGAGUGUGAACUACCAUUUUCCACGGGGUAAAAUAAAUUUUGACGCAACACCACCUACAUCUAGCAGAGGCCACGUCAGAACAGAGGGUGUUAAAGGUUCAGGUUGUCCAGUCGUUGAUCUAACAGAUGAGGGGUCGCCAACUAAGAACUAUGUCAAAGAUGCUCAAGGUAGCGUCAAUCCGACAACACUCUGGCCAGAAGAGGAGCAGGAAAUCCAAAGAAUCCGAGUUGAGCAUGAUUACACCCCGCCGCUCUUCGAUUCAGACAUCACCGCGGCGGACAUGACCACAGAUGACAAAGAGGGCGACGGUAAAGGGGAUCCGACCACAUCGGCAAAGUUAUCCAGACAGCUGAGGAAGAAAGGAGGAGUAUACUUUGCUGAUGAGACUAUCCAGAAAAGAUACAAGAGACUUGCCUUCGAGAAAUCUCUAUGCAGAAUCGGACUCUUUUGUAGAACCUGUGGGAAACGUGUCUUACUUCAUAUGAAAGGUGUGUCGCUCAUCCCAGACGCUGCCUUAGCCCACAAGUUCUCAUUCCUCGUCAAUCUGCCUAAACCCAGAAUCUUAAAUCCCAAGAAGAGCAGAAUGAUGUGCUGGUGUGAGAAAGACCAGGCCGUGCCGGAAGAAGGCUUCAUCAACAUUGCCUCUUCGAAAUGUCUGAAGAAGGUUUCUGUGUUGUCCAACAAACCUUCAAAGGGUUUUGUUAAAAAUGCCCACUGGAGUGAAGAGGACCAGUGUUGCUACCAACCAAUCAGAUGUGCUGUAUGUGAGAUGAAGCCGGAUGUAAAGGCCUCUCUGAUUGGCUACAAGUUGGUUGCCGUGGGACCAAACCUAGAUAGUGCUUUGUCUGACCAGGUGUGGCUGUUUCCUAAUCGGGUGGGCCACUGUAGAGGUCUCACCCAACUCAGCGCCUCCUCGUAAAGUUGUCCAUUCCUUCAGCCGUACUGAUGGAUGUCUGUGAUUCAGCUGGAGGGAGGGGGAUUGGCUAAUGAAGUGAUUCAAAGGGGGGGGGGGUGUGGUGGUGCUGCAAUGCCUUGAAUGAAGUCUGCACCUGCUGUGCUAGGCAGACUGUAAUCACCGCUGCAGAUUGAUCAAACAAUGCAAGGCAUGUCAGCAGACAAACCGCAGUGAUCUGCCCAAAACAAGAAAGAUACGGAAAAACAUCAGCUUUGGUUUGGUUUGGCGAGCAAAGGAAGAAUGAUGCAGCAGUUUAUUGGCUGCUUUACAUAUGAACCGUUGCAUAGACCUUAUCGCAAAUUCUUGGUACGUGCCCGUUAGGUGUGGAAUGAGGUGCAUGCUGGUCUAGCUAGCGAUCAAGAUUGAUCGCCUGCUACACCAGCAUGCACCUCAUUCAACAGUUAGCGGAUGUACAUUGCCAAUGGGUCUUUGCGAAAAGGUCAAUGGUGAAUAAGUCUACAGUCUGCAGAGUUGUUACAAACCUCAGGAAACCUUCAGGCAACACCUUUUUCAAAACAGAUAUUUCCUAUUAUUCUUCUGAUCUGCUGAACUCCAUAUUGUUGAAUGAGACUAAUUGUUAGUUUUAUAAUCAUCCACAAUAACUGAAGCAAUAGUUUUUUUUUGUAAGCUUACUCAAAGUUUCCCACUGGAGGUCUGUAGCCAAUCUACAUCUUUUCUACAGUUAAUGUCAUGUGCUGCGGUCAAUUUCACCAAACUCUUUCUAACUAAGAAUUAAUCUUAGACGUAGGACGCAUUGAACCCAUCGUAAGUUAAGACGGGUUACUCGUUCUAAAAGAUAGGAUUAAUCCUAGCGGUUUUGCGAAAUCGGCUGCUGGGUUCCUUUUAUCGGGUUGUUUGAGCAUGAAACCAUACGUUCUGUUUCUUCUCACCCAUUAUGCACUUGCUUUGCUGAGAUGUAGAACAAAGGACCAUUUCAACAGCUUUAUUCCACCUACUGCAUCUCUUUAGAACUCCCUGCAUGGUGCAUGUUCCCUCCAUCUUACAAUCUAGACUGUUUUGGGUGAAUAUCAAUUCCUACCUUCACCUCCCCUGAGUUAUUGUCAUCUUCAAUGUUUUCACAUUGUAAUCCCGUAAGUUUAGCCUUUUGGGGGUGAAUUCGCAAAGAAACAAAAACAACAACAACAACAAAAACAACAACUGUUUACAACAAUUCCUUUGUUUUGCACUGCAGUCUCUCCUGCAGUACCUCAGUUAUUAUUUCCCAGUGGAAACAAAAUAUUCCAUCAAGAUUAUUGCUCACGACCUGCACUUAAGUCCAUUUUUUAAUUUGUUUUAAUUUCCAGCAUAAAACUACAAAAUUACCAUAUGUUAUUGAGAGGGCAAUGAAUGCUGUACUUUGGGUUUCAUGGAUCAAGUUAAAAUCAUAAAAAUGUGACGCCUUGUCACAAUAUUAUUGGCUCACGGAAUAUUUACCACAUUUUAGUAUCAUGUUUUUAUUGUCCCAUAUGAUAUAUGGUUCCCUAAACUUUGUCUUAAAAACCCUUGUUUGUCCAAAUUUAUAUAAAAAAAUUACUUCUCUCAAGCCAUUUUGUUUAUAUUUAUUUAUUUAUUUAAUACCCAAUUUAACAAGGUUGACCCAUUUAGCACAGCUGAUCAUUUGCCCUCACAUUA